AUGCAACAAGAAGGAAACAAUAACAUGACAUUUCCAUCACCAAUGAAAAUCUUUUCCGAUUGGUAUUUGGAAGCUUGUUCAAAUUAUGAAAAAUCUGUAGAGAAAAUUAUUCCUCUCCAAAAGGAAAUUCCAGAACUUUUACUUCCUGCCGAGCCAGCCACCAUGACAGUUGCUACAGUAAAUCCAAAAACAUUGCAACCAUCCACUAGAAAUGUUUUUCUUAAGAGUUUUAAUGUGGAAACAUCGGAAUUUAUAUUUUGUACGAAUUUUAAUUCGAGAAAGGGAAGUGAAAUUGCAGAAAAUUCUAAAAUUGCUUUAAAUUUCUAUUGGAGUUAUGGAUCAGUGAUGAGUUCUAAACAAGUGAGAAUUGAGGGAGUGGCUGAAUUUUGUUCUGAUGAGGAAUCUGAUCAAAUAUUCAAUUCAAGACCAUUGGAAUCGAGAAUUGCCUCCAGUGUGAGUCAACAAUCUCAAGAAUUAGUUGGUGGAAGAGAACAAUUAUUGAAUGAAUUUUUCAAUGCCAUUGAAGAACAAAAACUGUCAGCUCAAGAACCUGUCAGACCAAAGCAUUGGGGAGGAGUUAGAGUAAGAGCUCAUUGUAUUGAAUUUUGGCAGAGUGGUGAUCAUCGUCUUGCCAAUAGAAUUCAAUAUAAAAAAGAACAAGAUAAUUCUUGGAAGAGUACAACUCUCUAUCCAUAA